AUGUCGCUUAACACAGCUUACGCAAGUACAAUACCAGCAGUUUUCAAAAUCGUUGAGAUUAUUCUCAAUAUUAUACUUAUCAUUCUUGUUGCUGUGUCACCGAACUACGUCAUUCCUGGCCCUGGAGGAUGGUUAUUCUUCGUUGCAAUCUUGACUACAUUGAUUUCAUUGUUUUUCUAUUGUAUACACCUUACAAACGCAAUAUACAGGUUUUCGGGGCCUAUGACACUAAUUGAAUUUAUAUGCAUUGCAAUAUGUUCAGGUUUUCAUUUAAUCGCUAUGAUUGUAUGCGCAUGUACAGUAUCAGGUUAUGGGACAGCAAUUGCUGCAGCUGUAUUUUUCGCGAUUAAUUUUCUUCUUUAUGGUGUCGAUGCAUUUUUCUUAUUUGCAUUAUAUCGAGUAAAUGGUGCUUAUUUACAUGAACAUACAAAUCCAAAUCCACAAAUUGCCCCAAAAACAAAUACAAUGCCAUCUUAUGAAAAUACAGGCUAUAAUCCACAAUAA